GGCAAUGGUCGGCGCGUGAUUUUGAAGUUAAACGGGAUGCCUGAUGAGAAAAUGGAGUUGUCUCCAAAGGUAGAUAUUGAUCUGAAUGAAACAACAUUAUCCUUCAUUUCAAGUCUGACUUGUAAGGAUGAUGAUUCUGUUCUUUUACCAGAAGCAAUGAAUUCUGAAAGUUGUACGGCAAUUGAUGCUAAUGAGCUAUUAAAAAGUGGGAUUAUUGAUCCAAACCAAGAUCUGUUCAACAUUAGCUUUGAUAAAACUGGCUUAACCUCUGAGCAAACUGAAGGCAUUAUUAAUACAUUAACCACAAUGGAUGGAGCCAAAGACUCAACAGACUUAAAUAUUAAUGACCCUAAUUUGAAUUCAAAUAUUGUGCAAUCAUCUUUCAUCACAACUGCUUCACCUUUAAAAACUGUUGAAAUAGCUACACCGAAGAGCAAUGUGAUUAAUACUAACAAACCUGGUGCUACCCAGUUGCUGAUUUUUCAAAAACCUACAUCCACAAUGUUGGUUGGAGCUAAAACAGUUCCAACUGUCUCAUCAUCAAAUGUUGCCAUUGUGCAAACCUCAACAGGAGCUUCAAGUGGCACAAAGUUUUUAACAUUACCAACAUUAAAUGCAUCUGGUAAUUUAAUUAGCACUGUAAAUCCUUCUUCUUCCGGUAAAACAAAUGAUGUUAAAAUUCUCCUUAGUCAAGGUCCAACUUCAAAUCCAACCUUUGUUACUGCAAAACCUAUGGUUUCUGUAAAUGCCACAAACACAAGUUCGCCACUCCAGGCUCCUCUAAAGCGAGCUGUUACUCCUUCAUCUAGUGGACAGAUGGUUACUAAAGUGAUUAUAACAAAUAAUGCUACCUCUAAUCAAACUUUGAUUACACCUGUACCAGUUUCUUCUACUUCAACAUCAUCUGUGCAGAACAGUCAACCACAAUCCAUUCUCCUUACAAGUCCGAAUAAAACUUUCACUUUGUCUCGUAAUAAUGUUUUUAAUUUAAAUAACUCUCAUCAAAUCUUGAGGCCUAUACUAGGCACUCCAGCUAAACAAUAUGUUUUAUCCCCGGUGAGAGCAUAUCAGAAACCUGUACCACAGCCUGCAACUACUUAUUCUAAAUCCCCUAGAAGAAUUGCACCAGCAACAAAUUCAACUAUUUCCAGUGUGAAUACCGGUCCUAGACUGGCUACAAUUAUGUGUCCACCUAAUAUGACUACACUUUCUACUGCAAAAACUUCUGUUUCCCAAUCGCCAACCAAGGUUAUUAUAAAGCCAGUGUCACAGACUCUUCUAAAACCAAUAAUAAGUGUUAGCAGUGCAAGUUCUGUGACUACUACAUUAACAAAUGUUGCAUGUUCAUCAACAGUUCAGCAAUCCAUUCUCCCUAUAACUACAGUUUCUUCACAGCCAAUACAAGUGCCUGGAAGCAAAUUUCAUUAUGUCAGGCUUGUCAGUGCACCUACAACAUCAACAACUACAACUACAGGGAGAAAAGAAACUACCAUAUUGCCUGUAAGCAGCUCUACUGCAGCUCUUGCCACCACUGUAGUUGCAGUUACAACUGCUUCUGUUUCUACAUCCGUGUCACAAGUUCGUCCUGCUGUACCCAUUGCACCUGCUAAAUUAGUUAGCAUUGCACCUAAAGCAUCUGAACCUGCAAAAUUGGUAACAUCUAAACAAGUAUCUUCAAAAUUUUUAAUUCCUGCUGUGUCCAGUUCUCAAAUACGAGGAACUACUUCCGUUUCUGCGACUCAGAUUGGUCAACUACCUGCUGGUACAUUUAUACCUGUUGGUGGCAACUCUUCUAGUUAUGUGGUGGUCCCAGCUCAAUAUGUUACUCAACUUCAACAAAACACUUCAUCUUCUGGAACUGCUACUCAGAUGUUAAAUAUUUUACCUGCUCCUGCUACUCCUAGUUCAUCCUCGUUGGGGUCCCAAUCAGCUUUUAUUUCUUUGACUUCUAAUCCACCAAAUAAUUUUCGCUCUUCAUCUGUCCCACCUUCACACCAAUCUGCCCAUCAUUCUCCAAGAAGAGCAACUCCUGUAGAGAUUGACAAUAGACAAAGGAAACCAUGCAAUUGCACGAAAUCACAAUGCUUAAAAUUGUAUUGUGAUUGUUUUGCUAAUGGAGAGUUUUGUAAUAGUUGUAACUGUAAUAACUGCUACAACAAUUUAGCACAUGAAGAAGAGAGGCAGAAAGCAAUUAAAGCCUGUCUUGAUCGCAAUCCACUUGCUUUCCAUCCCAAAAUUGGUAAAAGCCGAGAAGGUGAUCAAGAGAGGCGACAUACAAAAGGUUGCAAUUGUAAACGAUCUUAUUGUCUGAAGAAUUAUUGUGAAUGUUAUGAGGCAAAAAUAUUGUGCACUAGUAUUUGCAAAUGUGUUGGGUGCAAAAAUUUUGAAGAUAGUUCAGAAAGAAAGACCCUUAUGCAUUUAGCCGAUGCUGCUGAAGUUAGAGUUCAGCAACAAGCUGCUGCCAAAACAAAUUUCUCCUCUGAUAUAUUUGAUUUCCCUACAAAACCACCUGUUAUGUCAAGAUCUGGAGAAAGAUUACCUUUUGCAUUUGUUACUGAUGAUGUUUUGGAAGCAACGUGUCUUUGUCUUUUGGCUACUGCAAAUGAUGCUGAGAAGUCUCAUGCAUCUGAAGAAGAAAUCGAGAGAUUAGUUAUGUUAGAAUUUGGACGUUGUUUGAAGCGCAUUAUUGAAUGUGCUAACAAAACAAAAGUAUCAAAAAUGGAUGUACAGUGAAUUGGGUCCAAAUGGUUCUCCGUUUUAGUAUGGAAAAGCCAGAUGUAUCCUACAGUUCAAACUAGUCAUGGAAUAUCUUGGUUUCUUUAUUGAAAUUGUUUUGUACAUAGGAAACAUAAAAUGAUAUUAAUUUCAUUGUAUAAAUACCAAGUUACAUCAUCAAUCAUUAUUAUCUGCUGUAUAAUGCUGAGUUUUAUGCUGUUUUUAAAAAAAUUUUAUUGUUGUAACUAUUAAAAACCACUGGAAAUAAUAAGGGUAAAGGUUGUAACUUUUUACUACUUCAAAUUAGGCUAGUGUUCUUUAUGUUGCUUUGCAAGCUUUAAUUUAUAGCAUGUAAAUCUUAUAUUUAUUUUAUCUUUCAAAAUUGUGCGAAAACUGAAGUUGAAUGGGGAAAAAAAACAUAAGGCCCCACAAUAAAUUUCAUUUUUCCAAGUUUUGUAGCUAUUUUUUUUAUGUAAUUUUCAAAAUAACAGUAAUUCUAAUAUUUUUUUAUUUGUUAUAUACUCUUUUUUUAUUGAUAAAUAUGCUUAAAAUAACAAUCACAAUGACUCUUUUAAUAAUGGACAAUACAUUAAUUGUUGUAAUUCUGCUUUAUAGUUCAACUUUAAAAUGAAUAUAUUCUUAAAUUUGAGAAAUUAAUAUUUAAGAAAUGCUUACUAGUUUCAAAUAUUACUUCUACAAUAAACAAACGAUUUGCAUACUGGAAACAAAUAAAAAAAAUUAGUAGAUUUUAUAGUUGAUGCAUGAGAAUUAAUGAAACUCACUCAACUUGGUCCUCCAGGCAUCAGUUAUAAAAGAAUACAUGAAGAUAUUUGUGGAAACCUACACUCCUCAAUACAUGACAUGUUUAUAAAUAGUUUAUUUCAGUUUCAUCAAAGUAACUGAAUAUAAUACUACGUUAAACUUUUAGAGCUGCAUUCUCCCCAUAAAGUUGUUGAAAAAUAUAGUUAAUAAUUUACAAGUACCAUUCCUUGUUGGUGUACUUUUAGCUGUGAUGUAUGUGUAAAGCAAGUGUAUUGAAAUUAUGGAAUUUCAUAUUCAAUAAGAUGUUGUAUAUGAAUCUGUAGAUUAUUGCUGUGUUUUAAAUGUUUAUAUAGAAAUGAACCCUGUUUCAGGGGUGGGAUAUUUUUAGAAAAAUAAAACAUAAAUAUACGAUAUGAAAAUUUUACAUAUUCAUUGGAAUUAUUUAGAAAUGAAGCUUGAAACAUAUUUGCAUGUCAUUAUUAUUUUUUUAACUUUUAGUUAUAUGAUCUACUGUUAGUAUUCUCCUUGAUAUUUGUUUAAGAAAGAAGUUGAGUAAAGAAUUGAUUAAAUUGUUGACAAAUUUUAUAUGAAAGAUAAACUUACGUGUACUUUCAAAGCUUCUAAAUGUUCUUCUUAGGAACUUGAUGGCUGUGAUGUUGAAUAAAAAAAUGUGGGGUAAUACAAGUAUGAAAGUAUUUAUUUUCAUUUGGAAACUUUGUUAGUCUUUCUUGUUUAAUGUAGAAUUUUGUUUCUUUAUCGUGUUUGGCAAUAUAUUUCAAGCAAAUUGAAGAUGAAUAAUUUUAUUUAUUUGUCAUUAGUGAUAUUAGAAUAUAUUCUGUGCUUGAAAAAUAUGCUUCUUUACUUUGUGAUUUUAUGAAUUUAAAAAUUAGAACGUUCAUUUUAACACCAUUUAAAAUGUAUAGUAAUUUUUAUUUCU